CAUGGGAUUGAAUGAUAUACCUUAAAAGAUCUUUACGUGGACACGUUAUAAUAAGUCGAAGAAGAAGACCCUCAAGCUUCGGAUCUGCAAAAAGAUCAAUAAUGGCGUUUAUUGGAGCCUGGCAAUCGUACCCAUGAUUCGUCAAGGUCACUUUUUCGUUGAUUAGACAAUCCCCUUUAUGUUUUUCCUAGGAUAAACUGUUUUCGUAAUAAAAUCUUGCCACUCAAAGUUCCCCCACAUGUUUUCGUAGUAUCUGCAAACUGCUCUCUCUUUAGGCACAGCAAGGAACUUGUCAAAGGGGGGCUGUAAGAACUAAUUUUGCUCUUAUUGUUGAUGGGGGUGUUUGUAUUACUGCCUUUGCUUCCCUAGAUUGUUUUGUUUCACUUUCAGGGUUACAUUGUUUACUACUAACUUUUGAGAGGAUUGGGGAUUUUUGUUUUCUGUGAAAAUGAGUGGAGCUGUGCUUGUAGCUCUUACAGCAACUAUUGGUAACUUAUUGCAAGGAUGGGAUAGUGCCACCAUUGCUGGUGCCGUUAUGUACAUAAAGAAAGAGUUUAAAUUGGAGAGUGAACCAGCAAUAGAAGGCCUAAUUGUAGCAAUGUCUCUCAUUGGAGCUACCUGCAUUACUACAUGUUCAGGAAGCUUGUCAGACUGGCUAGGCCGCCGUCCCAUCCUAAUUAUUUCAUCCCUCCUUUAUUUUCUUAGUGGUAUUGUAAUGUUAUGGGCUCCUAAUGUUCCCACCUUACUUUUGGCAAGACUUUUGGAUGGAUUAGGGAUUGGAUUGGCCGUAACUUUGAUCCCGAUUUAUAUAUCCGAGACGGCACCACCAGAAAUAAGGGGAUUCUUGAAUACCCUUCCGCUGUUUUCUGGUUGCCUUGGGAUGUUUCUUUCAUAUUGCAUGGUUUUUGGUAUGUCGUUAACAACAUUACCAAAUUGGAGAUUGAUGCUUGGAGUUCUUUCUAUUCCUUCCCUCGUAUACUUAGCAUUAACCGUAUUCUUCUUGCCUGAAUCACCAAGAUGGCUAGUAAGUAAAGGUCGAAUGAGCGAAGCAAGGAAGGUUUUGCAAAGGAUACGCGGCAGGGAAGAUGUUUCUGGUGAGAUGGCUUUGCUAGUUGAGGGGCUUGGUGUUGGAGGUGAAACAUCAAUAGAGGAGUACCUCAUUAGUUCCAUCAGUCGGGAUUCUAAAUAUCCUGAUACUGCCGGAAAAGAUAGAAUCAAGUUAUAUGGACCUGAAGAAGGUCUUUCCUGGACGGCCAAACCUGUCACUGGACAGAAAAGUUUUGGUCUUUUGUCUCAGCAACUUUUGUCUCAGCAACCAAGCGUAGCUCAGAGUCCUCUUGGGCUUGUGGAUCCUCUUGUCGCACUCCUGGGAAGUGCCCAUGAGAAGCUUUCUGAAGCAGGAAGUGUGCCGCGAAGUACACUUUUUCCAUUUGUUAGCAGCUUCUCUGGUUUGGGAGGUCACCAAGUUAGAGCUGAAGAGUCUGAUGAGGAGAGUGUUACCAGAGAGAGCGAUGACGAGCAAUCUGAUGACUCUGAUGACAAUUUGCGGACUCCUUUGAUCUCUUGGCAGGCCAGUGCGGAGAAGGACAUGGUUCCAACUGCCCAGGAAAGUGUCACAAGCGCGAGACUUCAGGGUCCAUUUCUUACAAAUGCUGGAGAAUCUCUUGGUAGCAUGGGGAUUGGUGGUGGUUGGCAGCUAGCAUGGAAAUGGUCUGAAAGAGAAGGGGGAUUUCAAAGAAUCUAUAUGCACGAAGAGAGUGUACCUGGAUUGAGGCAGAGGUCAAUAGUUUCUCCAUCUCGUGCUGAUGUCCUUGCAGGCUACGACUAUGUCCCAGCUGCUGCUUUGGUGAGUCAUCCAGCUCUUUAUUCCAAGGAGCUUAUGAAGCAGCAUCCGGUUGGACCAGCUAUAGUUCAUCCAGCUGAAGCUGCGAAGGGACCAAGUUGGAAUGAUCUUCUUGAACCAGGAGUCAAGCAUGCUUUGGUAGUAGGUGUGGGAAUUGAAAUGCUCCAGCAGUUCUCUGGUAUGAGCAGCAUUUUGUACUACAUUCCCGAAAUUCUUGAACUGGCAGGAGUUAGAGGCCUUCUUUCAAACACUGGCCUCAGUUCAUCUUCUGCAUCACUGCUUAUCAGCUGCGUUACGACCUUUUUGAUGCUUCCUAGUAUAACCGUUGUCAUGCGGUUUGUGGAUGUUGCUGGUAGAAGGAGGUUACUACUCAUCACAGUCCCGCUCCUGGCAUUAUGUCUUUUCAUCUUAGUCAUAGGAAGCUUUGUGAAAAUGGGGAGUGUUGUGCGUUCAGCAAUCUCAACUGUUAGUGUCGUGCUCUCCUGCUGUGUAUACGUCAUGGGGUUCGGGCCUAUUCCCAGCAUUCUCUGUGCGGAGAUCUUCCCAACACGAGUUCGUGGCACCUGCAUUGCCAUAGUUUCCCUUGUUUACUGGAUUUCUAACAUCAUUGUCGCAUAUUCACUACCGGUGUUGCUCAAAACCAUAGGUCUUGCCGGUGUCUUUGGGAUGUUUGGAACCGUGUGCCUUGCAUCAUUUGUGUUUGUGUUUUUAAAAGUUCCAGAAACCAAAGGCAUGCCUCUUGAAGUCAUCACGGAAUUCUUUUCCGUUGGAUCAAAGCAGGCUAUAACUGCUAAAAACACGGGUUAUUCUAACUGCUAAAAACAACCGAGUUUGGUGAAUUAUCUGUUCGAAAGUUUACUGUGUUUUUUCUUUUCUUUUUUAAGCAUUGUGUAUACAUUUAAGACAUAUUGUGAAGAUCAUGAUGAUCUCUGAGUUUAUUUUGUUAUUCAUCAAA